UUUCUUAGAAAAUUUUUACUAUCUUUGAAGUUGUAUUUGCAAUCAUUUGAAACAUGGGUGGCAAAGGUGGCGGAGGAAAAGGUGGUAGUGGUGGCGGUGGAAAAGGUGGUGGAACUGGAAGCAAAGGGUCCAGCGGUGGUGGAACUGGAAGCAAAGGGUCCGGCGGAAGCGGUGGUGGUGGUGGUUCAAUGAAAGCUCCUGGAGGUGGAGGAGCAUAUAUAUCUCGUGGAGCUUUCGAAAGCAAUCCUCAAGGCUACUUUAGUGGCCUUCAUGCUGGGAACAAAUAAUAGUGCUACCUAUUUCAUCUACUUGUUACUACUGCGUUUUGUUUAGUUCCAUAAGUAGAAUGUAAAAUAUGUGGUGGUGACUAGUAGUACUAUAAGUACUACUAGUAGAAUAUAAAAUAUGUGGUGGUAUGUAAAAUAUGUUGUGGUGAUUAUGUAUCACUCUACCAGUCACUACUAUGUUAUGUUUGUGUACUAUAAUUAAAUAAACGCAGUUUGUUUCUCUCA